AUCAAAACAAUAUGGCGUCAAUAUGUGACCGGCGACAAGAUAAACACAAGUUAUAUUGUUGAUUUUACGUGAAUUACUGCAAAAAUCACUGAAAUUAAAAUUUAUAAUAGUUAUUUCCAUAAUUUUAAUAAAUAUCAGUAAUUUAAACUAACAAAUAUGGAUCAAUCAACGUCAAAUUAUUCCAUGCUCAAUUAUUCCGUGGAUCGUUCGCGGCUAAGAAGCCAUCUGGACGAAUCCGACAUUUCAGUAUUCCCCGACAAGAGUAACUGGUCGUUAUUCGAGCUGAUGGAAGACAGCGCUUCAACAGGGUUGAUAUUAAAAUCCGAGAAGCCAUGGCGUAAAGUAGCAUCAAAUCUUUACCAAGAAUUUUUAGAAAUAAUCCAGUCACAUUCCUCGGAGCCCCAAGUGUUCGACACGAUCGCGGACUUUGUCCAGAAUUGCACUCACGCUUUAGAAGUAAUGCGUGAUAUGCAAUCAAAGGUCGAGAACACUGAGCUUUGCGAAGAAGAAAUAAGCUUGACCAAUGAACGAAACACCUGGCGGCUUUUGUACUGUCUCUACAAGAACAGACUGGCCUCCCACUCGCAGAUGGACACCGAUGCUAAUGGCAAUAACUACGUCUCGGAAAAAGACGUGAUAACAAAUUUGUUGAGCAGCGAGAGCCAAGUUCGCGAGUACCAGCUGAUAAUUGACUGGCUGGAAAAGAACGCUUGUGAUGAGCUCGAGUAUCUUCCUAAAAUUGAACACUUCACUGAUAAAACCGUCGCCUGGGAAAACACGCUCCAUCAGUUGCAAAAUCGACAGUCGGGAAUUACUUUUGGCUCGAGCAGGCCGCUGGUUACUUCUCUGGACCCUGAUGCGCCAAUCAGGGAAGGCAAACCUUUGCACGACCUUGACAGAGAAGACGAUGCGCGGCUUGAGAAAAGAAUGUUCUUGGAAGUUCGCUGUGGAAGACUUCAGCGCGCUCAGGAGUUGGCGAUUCAUUGCGGGCAACCUUGGAGGGCUGCUUGCUUGCUUGGUUGGCAGCCUCAUCAUGAUCCUAAUUACAAAAAUCCACUUGUUGAUACGAAAUUAUCCAUAGAGGGAAAUCCUAAUCGAGCACUUUGGAAACUUAAUGCUUGGUACAUGUCUCAGGAUACUCGUCUUGGUGCGUUUAACCGCGCGAUUUAUGCGAGUCUUUGUGGGAAUAUUACUCAGCUACUGGCGGUUUCGAGGAGCUGGGAAGAUGCUCUUUGGUCACAUGUUAAGGUAUUGAUGGACAUUGAAGUAGAAUCAGAACUUCGUGGAGUAGUACCAAAAAAUUACGUCGCUAUGCCAGACGAAUACUGGAAGUCAAAGCUAAACUUGGAAGAAAUCUUCAACGACCUUCAUUCCUCCAAGGAAGCUAUAAUAAUGAAGCUAUCAAAUACACCAGACCAUAUGAUCCAAAAGUACUUAAUAUUAGACCAAGUUCCUCAGCUGAUGGAAAUAAUCGAAGACUGGAUUGAAAGUGACCAGUGCAGACCUCAAUUCUUGAGGUUCCUCGCGCACUUGGUGCUGUUUUUGCGGCAAAUCGGUAAAAUUGGCAAUCAAAGUGACAAAGUUGGAGACAAAGUUCUACUUGCGUAUGUCAAGUUGCUGAUUGAAAUCGGAGAGCCGACCCUGGUGGCCUUCUACACAGCUACGCUUCAGCAAGAAGAACAGGUGACUUACUAUGCCCAGUACUUGGAACGUAUAAGAGGUACUGAGAUGAGGAAACAGUGUCUUGCGGCUGCUGAAGAUGCAAAUCUAAAUGCAGAAGCUGUUACUAAGAUGGUCGUUGAGAAUAUUCGGGGAAAGAAUGUCGAGGAUGUUGACAAGUUGGAUAUGUUGGGAAGCAAGAUCACGGAAUGUGAUUUGGAGAAGAUUGACGCGCUGGAGUGGAUGACUUUCUAUCCCAAUCAGAGAGAAGAAGCUCUUUGGCAAGCUAAUGCUCUUAUUAGAUAUUUUUUGACAUGUGAUAAGAUUGAUGCUGCUAGACAAGCUUUUGAUAAGAUCCCAGCAGACACAAUUGGAUUGGUAAUGAUGGACCAGCCGUCAAUGGAAAAUACUUUCGUUGACCAAACAGUAACCGAAGACUUAAACCACCACAAAUCUUCAGCAUCUAUCCGCGAGUACCUCUGUUUCAAGGCCUACUUAGACGCGCAGGAGGGUUUCCAAGAGUGGUUCAGACAUUUUCACCAGGGAAAACCUAUUCCACUGGAGCCGCUACCAAUGUAUGCUACGUUUACCGAAAAAGUCGCCUACGACCACAAGAAAGCUGAGUACCAAGCCAACCUCGAAAACUGGAAGGCUACCAUGCAGCGUCACACAAAAGCCGUUAAGCAGCUGCUAUUCAACGUUCUUCUGUUCCCCGACGGAGGUUGGCUGGUCGACAGAAUAUCAACAAUGCCGCCAGACCACCUCCGCAAGCACCAGCUCUUAAAAUUGCGGAGUCUGUGCAUCCCCAAAAUAACGCUGCUGUUGAUAAAUGUCAUGUCGGAGAUGAACGAGCAUGCCGAGUGCAUUGAACUUGCAGAUACUCUCGCUUCAGAACGGUACCAGCUGUACAAAGUAUUCCCGAAAGAACGUUUGCGGGAAGUCUACAGGAAAAUAUGUGAGUCGUCUCUUGUUCUUAUGGAUCAAAAAAAAGAUGCAUGGGGUUAUUCUAAAUAAAUUAUAAAUAUUUCCGUAUAAUUAUAAUUAUUAUAAUUAUCGUUAUAUUUAUAGUUACAAUAAUCAAUCAAUCAAUAAUAAUUAAUUAUAUUAAUCAAUGAUAGGUUUAAUUAAUUAAGCUACAAUUUAAAUAAUAAAUUUGAUACAUGGUUUUUUUUAAUCGUCAAUGAGUUUACAAAACGAGUUAUUUAUUGUCAACCACACGAAGUGAAUAUAAAAUUUCAUACAUUGUUAAUUAAUCAUAAAUAUGUUUGUGAAUAAAUCGUAAUAAUAGCAACAAUUAAGGUAGCCAAUACAACAAGUUAGAUAAUUAUUUUAUUAGUAAUUUUAUUUUUUUUUUUUUUUUUUUUAUCAAUAAACACAUUUAAUAAAGCUCAUUCGUGGAUAAGAAUUUUAUUUUUUAUUUUUUUGGUUGACUUUUUAAAUCCGGUUAUUUUAAAACACUUGUGAGCUACGCUACGAUGGCUGGGUCUGGACGAAAGAUUCGUUCAUUUUUUUUUUAUAUAUAUUUAUGUGUAUAUAUAUAAGAUAUUGAUGAUGAAUGUUGAAUUGAGUGAUACAGUAAUAAGUUGAAGGGAUAAAUAGCGUGCCUCGUUUAUAAUUGCAAAAGGCAGCGCAAUAUUAAUAUAAAUAAAAAAGGUUUAUUAAAACGUAAUAAAAAGAAAAUAUUUUUA